AUGGCAGUCUAUGAUAUGUUGGAUCAGUUCUGUGAAUUUAUCAACAUUCAAUUGACUUAUAUUCGGAGAUACAAGGACUGCCCUGAUGACAUCAAUGAAGCAGUUUCUAGCCUUAUAUUCGCCUCUGCAAGAUGUGCCGAACUUCCCGAGCUCACCGAGAUUCGGAAGCUCUUCAGGGAGCGUUACGGGCAUCGGUUUGCGACGGCGGCUGUUGAAUUGCUUCCUGGGAAUCUGGUGAACCGUGAGAUACAAGAGAAGCUGUCCGUAAAGUCGGUUUCCGAUGAUUCGAAGUUCCGAUUGAUAGAUGAAAUAACUCGAGAUUACUGCUUACAGCCUGAAAUUUUGGCACUUGAAUACUUCUCCGGUCUGCAACGCCAGGGUUCAGAUGGGAGUGAAAUGGAAGGCAAAUCCAUACAAGUUGAUCCAUUGCAAUUUCAACCGACAGCUUAUUGUCCGAAUGAUCGAGGCCGGAACAUCGACCGGAAAGCAACAUCUUCCUCGGAAAGCAUGCCUCGGUUCUCCGAGGAAGUAGUUGUCUAUCUUGAUGACAUAGAAGAGUUACACUCUUCCAUGAGAAAAGAAGCAGAUUGCCAGGACCAGAGACUAUUCAAGUUCAAGUCACUCAGCCUGCCUACAAGAGCAGUGGUUGGCGGCACGGACGGUGACGGCAAAAUGGAUAAUGAGAAGCCGAAGCUGUCGAACAAAUCAAGGCGGAGGUCGUUCUGCAUUGAACGUUCAAGCAUGAAGGACAUCGAUCACGAGAUUUAUUACGAGAAUCACAAGCAUAAAUCUCAUCACGGCAGAAAGCUCCACAACAAGGAAACACUAGCAGAAACUAAAGAAGCAACUUAUGUUCUGAAGAGGCCUAAACAACCUCGCCAAAUUGUUAAAAACUCAGGGCAGUUUCCGGUUUGUGUUGUGGAAGAAACUCCGGAUGACAAGUUUUGCCAUUGCCGGAAUCCGAAGAGAAGAAACUACGACAAUGGUCCGAGGAUGCAAAAGGAAACCGUGGGUGGUUCCGAGACGAGAAAAGGAACGGCCGGUCCAUAUUUGAGGGCCGCAACAAUGUCGCAAGAAAGGCCGAGAGAGGUACACAGGCACAGCGGCGCUCGGUCGAAUUCAUUAUCCGUUCACAACGCUAACCAUGUCCAUCCGAAGCUGCCGGAGUAUGAAGACAUAGCAGCCAAAUUCAUGGCUCUCAAGAAGGAGAAGGAGCUUCUGCUACAUAAGCAUUGA